AUGGCCCCUCCGGCCCCGGCCGGCGCCCACCCCACCUCGGCCGAGCCGCUGUCCCGCAGCAUCUUCCGGAAGUUCUUGCUGAUGCUCUGCUCCCUGCUCACGUCCCUCUACGUCUUCUACUGCCUGGCCGAGCGCUGCCAGACUCUGUCGGGCCCCGUCGUGGGGCGGUCGGGCGGUGGCAAGGAGGCGGGGGCCCCGGGUCGCGGCGUCCCGGCGGGAGGCCCGGGGGAGCCGGCGGCGUGGCCCGCGGCCGCGCGAAGGAAGCGCCUCCUGCAAGUGCAGCCGUGGCCGAGGCGCCGGCCGCCCGCGCCGCUGGAAGACGGCGAGGUGGCGGCCUGGGAAGAGGAGCCCCCUGGCCUGGCGGGGAGUCCCGGCGGCUCCGGGGCCGGGAGCAGCGUGGCCGAGACGCCUCCGGGGACCCUGGCCCUGCUGCUGGACGAAGGCAGCAAGCAGCUGCCGCAGGCCAUCAUCAUCGGCGUGAAGAAGGGCGGCACGCGGGCGCUGCUCGAGUUCCUGCGCGUGCACCCCGACGUGCGCGCCGUGGGCGCCGAGCCCCACUUCUUCGACCGCAGCUACGACAAGGGCCUCGCCUG